UGCGAUAGUAACAAUUGCCAUCUCUAAUCAUAUUUGUUAUUGUUUUUAAUUUUCUAUACAAGCAAGUUAAAAAAUGCAUUUAAGCGUUGUCUACGUCACUGUUGGUACCACAAAAUUCGAUGGACUCAUUAAUGUUGUGACAUCUGCACCGGUUUUGUGUGCAUUACAAAAGCUAAAGUGCCAGAAACUUGUGCUGCAGCACGGCAACUCUACGCCGGUGGAAGAUUCUGAACUUCAGCUCAUCCAUGAGAAGUACGGCAUUCAAGUGGAUCAAUAUAAAUUUCGACCUAAUACAGAGGAUAUUCAAGCUGCUGAUGUGAUCAUUGGGCAUGCGGGUGCCGGUACGUGCAUGGAUAUAUUAAAUAACGGCAAGGCUGGAUUAAUCGUGGUCAAUGACGAGCUGAUGGACAACCAUCAGUUGGAAUUGGCCCGUCAAUUGGCUUCCGAGCAGUAUUUAUACUACUGCAAGGUGAACGAGGUUAGCACAAAGCUUGCCUCACUGGACUUUGAAGCUCUGAGGCCCUACGAGCCAGGCACAGAGAAUAUGCGAAAAUUUAUAGAAGCUUUAAAUGAAUUGAUGAGCCAUUAAUAUUCAAACUUUUUUUUCUUUUUGGCGCUGACGCCUGGAGCGUGCGCUUUGGAUAUAUAUAUGUAUAUAUUUUAUUAUAUUUAUGAGUAAACACGAUAAACGACUAUGAAGAACGUUAGACAAUAUUAUUGGGCUAUACGUUACAUAAAUUCACGAUUAUUAAAUAUUAAUAGAACAAUUA